UAUGCCAUAUAAUGAUAAUACGUGUUAUCAAGGUCAAAAAACCCGAACUUUUUUCAAUUCAAAUAAACCAGAUAGUGCGUGGUGUUUGUGAGUGUUGUGAGUUCAUUCGGACGAAAUGGCUUUAAAUAAAAUUUGUACGCUGUGUUUGCAACAAAGCAGAAACGAACUCAGAGUUUUAAAUAGUCUGAUCAAUAAAAGACACCAUUUUGUUUACACGCCAGACGUAAAAUCACCUGUUAAAGGUGAAACCCAGAAAAUGAACAUGUUCCAAGCGAUCAACAACGCCCUAGACCUGGCGUUGAAACAGGACGAAUCAGCCUUAAUUUUCGGCGAGGACGUCGCCUUUGGCGGUGUGUUCCGCUGCACGAUGGGCUUGCAGUCAAAGUACGGUCCUGGUCGCGUAUUCAACACCCCCCUGUGUGAACAGGGAAUUGUUGGUUUUGCGAUCGGUGCAGCCAACAUGGGUUCAACAGCAAUAGCAGAAAUUCAAUUCGCCGAUUACACAUUUCCGGCAUUCGAUCAGCUGGUGAAUGAAGCUGCGAAAAUGAGGUACAGGAGUGGGGGGCAAUAUGAUUGCGGAAAAUUAACUGUCAGGGCGCCCUGCGGAGCCGUAGGACAUGGAGGGCUUUACCAUUCACAAAGUCCUGAGGCGUAUUUCGCUCAUACUCCAGGAUUAAAGGUCGUCAUACCACGCGGGCCAAUAAAAGCCAAAGGCCUGCUCUCGGCCUGCAUCCGAGACCCGGAUCCUUGCAUUAUCUUCGAGCCUAAGACCCUAUAUAGGGCAGCUGUGGAAGAAGUGCCUGUCGACGAUUACGUUCUCCCGAUAGGAAGAGCAGACGUUUUGCUCGAAGGCAAUAAUGUGACCUUAAUAGGAUGGGGCACUCAGGUUCACGUGCUGCUCGAGGUGGCUCAAUUGGCCAAGAAGCAAUUGAACGUUUCCUGUGAAGUGAUCGACUUGGUUUCGAUUUUGCCGUGGGAUAAAAGCACUGUCUGUCAGUCUGUCAAGAAAACCAAGCGAGUUUUAGUCGCCCACGAAGCACCGCUAACCGGAGGAUUCGGGGCGGAAUUGGCUGCAACAAUUCAAGAGGAGUGUUUCCUGCAUCUUGAGGCACCUGUUGUGCGAGUCACGGGCUUCGACACGCCGUUCCCUCACGUUUUCGAGCCCUUCUAUCUGCCAGACAAGUGGAGAUGUUUGGAGGCGAUACGUAACAUGUUAGAAUAUUGAGAUUACGGUUAAUAAAAUGACAACAACACUGCUUCUUA